UCUUAACUUCUUCCCCAGAUAAUACAAAAUUUAGUAAAUAUUGCGUUUUCAAUUAACAACAUUCCCAAUCGCAAGAGUGUUUAUUUAGUAAAAGAAAAUGUCUUUAAUUCCACCGGUUACUCGUCUUUCCUCUUCUAUUAUAAGAAUAUUGGGUUGCAACCCUGGACAUAUGACCCUACAGGGCACCAAUACUUAUUUAAUAGGAACUGGUCCAAAACGUAUUUUAAUUGAUACUGGAGAUCCUGAUGUGCCAGAAUAUAUAAAACAUUUAAGUGGUGUUUUAAAGGAGGAAAAGGCUUCUAUUAGUACUAUUAUAUUAACACAUUGGCAUCAUGAUCAUGUGGGCGGUGUUAAAGAUGUUUUGAAAAUUGGUGCCGAUAAAGUAAAAAUUCAUAAAGAUUGUCAGGUUUUCAAAUACCUAAGAACCGAUGCCCCCGAUGUGUGUCCCGAAAUACCAGAUUAUGUAAAAGUAAAAAAAUUACAGGAUCAACAAGAAUUUGAGGUGGAAGGAGGAAAAGUUAAGAUAGUUCAUACUCCAGGUCACACCACCGAUCAUGUGGUGUUAACCACCCCCGAGGGUACUCUAUUUAGUGGAGAUUGUAUUUUAGGUGAGGGAACCGCUGUUUUUGAGGAUUUAUAUGAUUAUAUGAAAAGUUUGGAUAAGAUUUUACAACUGAAACCCUCACUUAUAUACCCCGGUCAUGGUAAUAUCAUAGAGGAUCCUUUGGAUAAAAUCAAGUAUUAUAUAAAACAUCGUAAUCAGCGUGAAGAACAAAUUCUAGAUUUCUUUGUGCAACGUCCUCAAAAGAAAUUCCAGGCCAUGGAUGUGGUUAAAGUGGUGUACAAGGAAACCCCUGAGAAAUUGUGGCCUGCUGCUGCCUAUAAUGUUAGUCAUCAUUUAACAAAAUUACAAAAGGAGGGAAAAUUACAACAUUUUCUUGAGAAUGAUGAGGAUGUUUAUAUGCAUUCAACAGCCAGUAAAAUAUAAUUUAAUAUUUUUUUAACAAUGUUAUGUUAUGUAAAUAAAGUUGUUAAUUUCCUAUGAA